AGCCACUCCAUCUCCCAAUUUGAAUCGGUCCCCACCGCUUCCAGAAGGAAAGGCAAGCUUGCUCCUAUGACAUCUGCGGACAGGUACUUACCGCUGACUUGCCCAGGGCCCUGGAAGCCUUGAAAGGUCUCAUCCUCUUUCCCCGUGCAGGAGCCUGAGGUCCACCUCCUAUGCACCCCAGCACCCCCAUCAGCUCCCUGUUCUCCUUCACCAGCCCCGCCGUGAAGAGGCUGCUGGGCUGGAAGCAGGGAGAUGAAGAGGAGAAGUGGGCGGAGAAGGCGGUAGACUCUUUGGUGAAGAAGUUAAAGAAGAAGAAAGGCGCCAUGGAUGAACUAGAGAGGGCGUUGAGCUGCCCGGGCCAGCCUAGCAAAUGUGUCACCAUCCCACGAUCCCUAGAUGGACGCCUCCAGGUGUCCCACCGAAAGGGGCUGCCCCACGUCAUCUACUGCCGCGUGUGGCGCUGGCCAGACCUGCAAUCCCAUCAUGAGCUGAAGCCCUUGGAGUGCUGCGAGUUCCCAUUUGGCUCUAAGCAGAAGGAGGUCUGCAUCAACCCAUACCAUUACCGCAGAGUGGAGACCCCAGUUCUGCCUCCAGUGCUGGUACCAAGACACAGCGAGUAUAACCCUCAGCUCAGCCUCCUGGCCAAGUUCCGAAGUGCCUCGCUGCACAGUGAACCCCUCAUGCCGCACAAUGCCACCUACCCUGACUCUUUCCAGCAGUCUCUCUGUCCAGCACCGCCCUCCUCGCCAGGCCACGUGUUCCCGCAGUCUCCAUGCCCCACCGGCUACCCGCACUCUCCCGGAAGUCCUUCCGACUCAGACAGUCCCUAUCAACACUCAGACUUCCGGCCAGUUUGCUAUGAGGAACCUCAGCACUGGUGUUCUGUUGCCUACUAUGAACUAAACAACCGGGUCGGAGAGACUUUCCAGGCGUCCUCCCGGAGUGUGCUCAUAGAUGGCUUCACUGACCCCUCCAAUAACAGGAAUAGGUUCUGUCUUGGGCUUCUUUCAAAUGUAAACAGAAACUCGACGAUAGAAAACACCAGGAGGCACAUUGGAAAGGGUGUGCAUUUGUACUAUGUUGGGGGCGAGGUGUACGCGGAGUGUGUGAGCGACAGCAGCAUCUUUGUCCAGAGCCGAAACUGCAACUACCAGCACGGCUUCCACCCGGCGACUGUCUGCAAGAUCCCCAGUGGCUGCAGCCUCAAGGUCUUCAACAACCAGCUCUUCGCCCAGCUGCUCGCCCAGUCAGUGCACCACGGCUUUGAGGUUGUGUAUGAGCUGACGAAGAUGUGCACGAUUCGGAUGAGCUUUGUGAAGGGUUGGGGAGCCGAGUAUCAUCGCCAAGAUGUCACAAGCACCCCCUGCUGGAUUGAGAUUCAUCUUCAUGGACCGCUGCAGUGGUUGGACAAGGUGCUAACUCAGAUGGGCUCCCCACAUAACCCUAUUUCUUCAGUGUCUUAAGUCAUGUGGUCAGCUACAUUUCCAGAGUAGACGCAGGCAGGGGCUUCUAUCAUUGCAGCUCACAGCUCAUACAGGGUUCUGGAUGCAGAUGUAAAUACGUAUGCAUACGAGUCAUAUUUUCAUCACCAUUUGUUUUGUGCUCCUACUUAAGGGGGCUAAUGCUGUGGGUUGAAGAAGCAUGUUUUCCAGGCUAGUGCUCUGAUUAGAAGCCACGUCUUUUCUGAGAGGGAAACAGGAUGUAAAGGCACUGGCAGAACCGAAGGCCACUGAUUCAGCUCGUCACUCUACAGAGGGUUGUGCCCCAUACAGAAAACACAAAGCUGCUUACAUAGAAAAAUAAUAGGAGCACUAGAGCAAAAUCAAUCAAACCCACAUAGUUGUAAGAAGACCUCACCUGCAAUGUGAAUGGCAAGAAAUAAAAACCAAGCUUGUCCAGAGAUCUGUGAGAUAAGCCACACAAUCUUUAUAUUUGAAGUUAAAAUAUGUAUAGCCAGGUACUGUGCUGAUGUCAGGUACAUAUAACCAGAUCUAAACUGUGAUCGGAAAGGGAGAAACUGUGAAGCUUAGAGUCAGGUUGCCUUAACCUACCACUGUUAAAACAAGCAAGCAAGUAAACAAGCAAACAAACAAACAAACAAAACCAAGGCUCAUAUGGGAAAAUGGCCUGAGUCCAGCCAUAAUCCUAAGAGCAGGAUUAGCCCAGAAUUCAGGCUCAGGAGCGCAGGGGGCUCCUGCUUCCACUCUGGAAGUCAGCUUCCAGUCUUCCAGUUCCUCCUGUCUGACCUUGCAGAUGGCUGUCCGCCCUGUGGACACUGCAAACCCCGUGCAGAGAUGAAGCUGUAGACUGGAAGGUUGGGUGGGAAGUCACAUGGCUACCUGCACUCUCCUGCAUCCCCCUACUGAAGCCUAUGAGGCAGGGCAUCCUUUGCCUCAUCUUUCCUCCUGGUGACAAAUAUCAAUUGGGUGAUUCAAAAAACAGCAAAGCCUUGGGGGAAGGCUAGAGGUAUCACUGGAUCAUACGUAUGCAUUUCUCAAUCUGGCACCUGUGUUAUGAGCUGGUAACAUCUGUGCAGCCUCUUCUAAAACUAUGAAAUACCUGGAUAUAGCUUCCCAGGUGAAGUAGGAAUGUCUCAUACGCCCUACAUUUCUUUGAGUUAACAAUGGUAGAGAAUAAUAAAGCACCUUGAAAAACACCUUAUGUAUGUAUACAUACAUGCAUAUAUCAGCGUGCAUGUAUUAAAGCUUGUUACUUCCUCCGUUGGAUGAUAAAGGGAAAUAUCCUCCAGACUUCAAGGUACAUGCCACUCAUCCAUCACCCCAUUGCUUCUACUUUUACUUCAGGCCCUUUGAGAAGCACAUUAUUUAGGAUGGCAUUUAUGGUUUCAAGGACAGAGUGUCCAUAAUCUGAGUUGCCUUCAUUUAAUCCAUUCUGCCUCACAUCAAUGUACAUUUUUCUUGUUUCCCAUUCAAUUGUAUUUAAGAUAGAACUCACGAUGCCUACUCUAUCUGUAAAACCUAUCAUUCAUAUAUAUCAGAAAACACUCAUUUCAUCUCAAAAUACCACUUAAAGAGUAUAUAAAAAAACCCCAAGCAUGUUGAUUCUUUAAGUCUGUCGUGUGCACUGACGUGUACUGAGUACAGUGUCAGGUGCUGUGGAAUCCAAUGCACACUAGAGGCUGUCCCCACAGCCACAAUGCCGGACAUCUAACAGUAAACCAUUUGCACAGACAUCGGGUCUCAGAACUUUGAAAACCCACACGUGAAUUUUAAUGGGCUUGAAAGAUAAUGGAAUCGAGUUCUUAACUCUUCCUAUAAUGGAAUUUUACAUUGCCUCAGAACAAUUAGGUAAUUUAUCUUUGCAUAACUACUUUCACUCCUAGCCACCCCACCUCCUGGAAUACCUAUUUUUCUGAUAUUUCUCCUGGCUUCUUCCUUGGAAAAGACAUGCAUAUGGCAGAUCCUCUCUGAGUACCCAUCCAAGGAGAAAGGAUUUGUUCCAGAUUUCUAAUGACUCUUGAUCUCCUCACAAUCGGCCAACUAUCUUUGGUAAUAUGUAGCUUCCAGGUGUGGUGGUGCCUGCCUUUAAUCUCAGCAGUAGGGAGACAGAGGCAGGUGGAUCUCUGUGAGUUCAGGCCUGACCUGGUCUAUAUAAGGAGUUACAGGACACCCAGGGCUCUAUAUUGAGACCCUGUCUCAAAACAAAGCAAAGUAAAACUAAACAGAAGUAGAAGCUUAAAAACAAAACUAAAAAAACCAAAUACACUACUUGGAUGUCCUUGCAGUGCUAAGAAAUCAGACAAAAUAUUGAGAAAGGAAUUAUGACAUAGGUUCAUAUGUAUAUUAUCAGAGAAUUUAGCAUUGAAGAGAUGUAUGCCCUAUGCUCGCGUAACAUAGUCACAUUUUAAUGAUUUUUCUCCCCCUUGGCUGCUAAGAGAUCUAAAAAUAUCAUAAUAUAAUCCUUGACUUCAACUCCUCUGAGUGACCACGUGGCAAUCAUUCCAUGGGACUGACAAGCAAAACUAUGCUGCAUAUGUUGUUUUACAGGAUAAAGGGAAAGUGGGCAGCCAGGCCUUUACACACUGCAAGUGUGCCUCCAGCUGCCCUGGGCAGGGUCACACAAUGGAGAACUGUAUCAGUUUGGCCUGCCCACAAGAUCCAGAAUGUUUACCACUGUACAAGUCAGCAUUUGUGAGUCUUAAAAAUAAGACAUGGUCAGUUUGCUUCAGCUAAAUGAUAACAGCUGCUUCCGAACUAAGAAGACCCCACCUUUUUAACAUACACACUUUGGUGUUGUGUUGUACAGUCAGAAGAAAUGGCAAACUCUCUGGCAUUUAGACUAUUCUUUUCAUUGUGUUCUAAGGAUGGAGUUACGACAACAGUAAGAAGAGUAGCAAAAGCAUUUUAUAAACAUUGCUUGCUGGACUUCAAGCUCCUGCUUAACUCUUCAUAUGUUCCAGAUAUUUCAUGUAUGUAUUUAAUAAAGUAAAAUAUAACACGCAUUCCACAUCGUCUUACCUGCUAGUCAAGAGCCGAACUGUGCAAGGUUAGGUAACCCUCACAUAUGUUAAAGAUAAGUUCACAUGAAUAUAAAACAGACUGUCAAGAGUAGUCUUUGAUUCCCAGCAGCCUAGCCUUCUGUCCUGGAAUGCCAUACACCUUCAUCUGGUAGUCUGUGAUAGACCUCUUGGCUUAUUUUUCUUUCAAACUCUAGGAAAUACUUCUAUGUAUAUGAUCUGUGGCUCCUUAAGAUGCUUAAUCAUCAACCGUUCUGCUUAGAAAAUGGGAUUUUCAAGAAAUCUUCAUGCUGUAAAAAGAAGACAUCUUGGAAUAUUUGGCAUUACACAUGUAACUUUCAUGAUACUUUGCAGAACUUUUAGAGGUUUUUAACUGCUGCUCCCCAGCCUAGCACCAGGGCACACUACUACAAGCCUUUGUAUGGUGAAGCUAUUGUUAUUAAAAAUGAAUUGAACACACAUUGUCAUUUGAGUAUCCUAUCUGAGCAACUUAACAACCGUGUCCACCAAGGACCGUGUGUUUAUUAAGAUGAUGAUUAGCUGUGAUGCUUGAAACACCUGGAUAUAUAAGGAAACUUUCACUAAAAAUCAUUUAUUUUUCAUAUGCCAUGAAAUAUGUUUAACUGAUUAAAAUGUUUUCUAAGAGAA